CGCUCUUCUUCUAUCUCAAAUUCAAAGCCAUCUCUCUCAUUCCCUCUAUAAAUCCACCCCUCAUUCUCCCAGAUCCUCUGCAACCCUCAUUCCAAUUCCUCAUUUCUCUUCGUUUUCUCAACAAUACACCACAUAGAGAAAAUGCCUGCCUUUCCCGAAGAGCCGUUGCUUGCUCCUAACCCGGACCGUUUCUGUAUGUUCCCGAUCCAGUACCCGGAAAUCUGGGAAAUGUACAAGAAAGCCGAGGCCUCAUUCUGGACCGCCGAGGAGGUUGACCUCUCCGAGGACCUUUCUCAUUGGGAAUCCCUUUCUGCCGACGAGAAACACUUCAUUUCCCACAUCCUCGCCUUCUUUGCCGCCUCUGACGGCAUCGUUUUGGAGAAUCUCGCUGGCAGGUUCAUGAAGGAGGUCCAGGUCGCCGAGGCCCGCGCCUUCUACGGCUUCCAGAUCGCCAUCGAGAAUAUUCACUCCGAGAUGUACAGCCUUUUGCUCGAGACCUACAUCAAGGACUCCGCCCAGAAGCACCGCCUCUUCCACGCCAUCGAGACAGUCCCUUGCGUCGCCAAGAAGGCACAGUGGGCCCUGCGCUGGAUCGACGGGUCCGAGUCCUUCGCUGAGCGCAUCGUCGCCUUCGCGUGUGUAGAAGGUAUUUUCUUCUCCGGAAGCUUCUGCGCCAUCUUCUGGUUGAAGAAGCGCGGCUUGAUGCCCGGUCUGACCUUCUCCAACGAGCUGAUCUCGCGAGACGAGGGGCUCCACUGCGACUUCGCGUGCCUGCUUUACUCUCUUUUGAAGAAAAAGCUGAGUGAACAGCGCAUCAAGGGAAUCGUCCGCGACGCGGUGGACAUCGAGAGAGAGUUCGUGUGCGACGCGCUGCCAUGUGCGUUGGUGGGGAUGAACGGCGAGCUGAUGAGCCAGUACAUCGAGUUCGUGGCCGACAGGCUAUUAGGUGCCCUAGGGUACGGGAAGAUCUACAACGUCCAGAACCCCUUCGAUUGGAUGGAGCUCAUCUCGUUGCAAGGGAAGACCAAUUUCUUCGAGAAGAGAGUCGGGGAGUACCAGAAGGCAUCCGUGAUGUCCAGCCUUAACGGGAACGGCGGUGAUAACCAUGUGUUCAAGUUGGAUGAGGAUUUCUGAACCUGUAACAUUCGUUUCUUGUUGUUUUCGUUUUAGGUUUAAAUUGUGCAUUUUUUUUUCCUAUCUUUUUCGCCGAUUUCUUUGUUCUGAGAAAUUAUAUAGGAUAAACUUAUAAAACUACUUUCAAUUUC